GUAAGUAGUGUGUAAUAUCUGUGAUUAGCUUCUGUUUCCCGCGUGCGGUCUGAUUAUGUUUAUUGUUUACAUUUACAAUCAUGGUAGAGAAGUGGGUGUACAACACGGUGCUGUGUCAAACAUUCUCGCCAUGUGGUAAUUACAUGUGUGCUGGCAAUACAUAUGGUGAUGUAGCCGUUUACGAUUUACAGAAAAUACUAAGUCCUUCAGAGGAUGUUUCUCCUCCAUUUAGAAAACCGGAAUAUCACUUUCUGGUCAACAAGGAUGUACAAAUAUGUAGCAUGGCCACAACAAGCAAAUUUCUCCUGACUGGUACAGUGGGUGAAAUAAAUGGCUGGGAUUGGAAGUCUGUUACUUCGACAUCAGGGAAAGCUCCCAAGCCAUUAUGGUCUCUUCAGCUUCCUUCAUGCAAGGACAUUCUGGAGAAAGCAGAUGUAAAUUCUUUAGAUUUUAAAGAGGAGCCCGGAUAUAUAUAUGCUGGUUGUGGUGACAACAAAGUUCAUAUUUUCGCUAUAGAAGAUGGGAGGCUUGUUAGAACACUGGAAGGACAUGAAGAUUAUAUUCAUUCAGUACAAAGCUGCUCGGAUAAUCAGAUAGUAUCUGCAAGUGAGGAUGGAACUGUACGUAUUUGGGAUUUAAGACAGACGAGAGCAAUAGCUGUUAUUCAACCACAUCUGAGUAACAAGGUAGCCCGACCAGACCUGGGGAAAUGGAUUGGAGCAGCCGCUGUUAGUGAUGACUGGCUUUUGUGUGGAGGUGGCCCACGCUUAGGAGUUUGGCAUUUGAGAUCUAUGGAAGUAACAACAACAUUCAAAUUAGAAGAUUAUGGGAUCCAUGUGGCAAUGUUUUAUGACGAUGGAGUGAUGGCAGGUGGUGCAAGUCCAUAUUUUUACCAGAUGAAUUUAAGUGGUGAUAUCUUGGCACAGAUUCCUUCAUCUUCAACAACUGUAUAUUCAGCUGUGUAUCAAGAAGAACCAUUGAAGGUCAUGUGCAUUGCAGGCUCCAGUUCCAAAAUUGAUUUGUGCACAAAUUUCAGCUACAGAGACCAGAUACUCAGUUUCGCUCCAUGAAUACAGAAGCUAAAUUUUUGGUGUAAACAGAGAGGGACUGAGAUCGCGUCUCUGCUUUUGAUAUGUAUUACUGUGUGCUGAGAAAACUUUGCAACUGCAUUUGGUGGUAAGAACCCGAAUUUUUUACUAAAUGAUGAAGAACUUAGAAAUUCUUUCUAGAUAUUGAAUGUAUAAGUGUGCCUGAGUCAAAGUAAGACUGAUGUGAGAUGAAUUUCAUAUAUUUGUAAUGAGAAAAUCUUGACAAGUUGCAGAUAUAUACUGAAUUUUGAAAAGAAAAGGGAGAUGAUAUGUGUUGCAAACUUUACUUGUAGAUUUGUUUGGAGUUUGCUGCAGACACAACAUACUUGAAAAAGUUGGUGGCUACUAGUGCAGAUUCGUGUUAAAGAAGGAAAUGGUGCUGUAUUUCUUGUCAGGAAAGUUAAAAAGACUCAUCCCUGUGUGUAAUAUAUGAUCUUCAGUAAAUGUCUUAUUUGGAUAAUAUCAGUUAGUAAGAGACAUAUACCUGUAUUGUAGCAAACAGAUGUAUGGAAACUGGAAGCAGAUACUAUAACUUUUUCUAUGAAGUCAUGAAAUGUGCAAAUGUUAAAUGCAUUUUUAUGAAUAAGUGUGCAGUGUACAAAAGUAUUGUGUGGAGAAGAAAAUAAUUUUCUGUGUAUUUUGAUUUUUAAUUGUUGUCACUGGCAUCUGUUGUGUUUGAUUUCUAACAGAGAUAAACCAUUAUAUUUCAACUAAUGUUAACAGUUCAUUGCAAAUAAGAAGCAUACAGAGAAGGUGAUUAUUUU